AUGCUUUUGUAUCUCUACUAUGGAGCUAUUCUUCUAAUGAGAAGGAAUGAACUACGCCGUGCUAUUUCUCUAUUGGAAAGUGCUAUAUUGAUACCUGGUUCUGCUACAAGUGUCGCACAGCUGGAUGCACUAAAAAAGUUCUAUCUCGCGAGCUUGUUGUAUUCUGCUGGUCGCUCAUCAGCGUUGACUGGCGCUUGGAAACUGGUAGGAGAACCAUAUGCCGCCCUUGCGACGGCUGUUCAGUCAGCCGGAGAUCGAGCAAGUGCUGUAGAGAAAGUGCUCAAUGACAACAGGAAGGUGUUCACUGAGGAUGGCGCAGUAGGGCUGAUUACACGAAUUAUAAAGGAACUUCGAGAGAAAGCAGUUCUUUCUGUUGCAAAGUCAUUUUCAUCAAUUCCACUCGCUGAUUUGGCUGCUCGAGCAUAUCUUGAUACGGACGCGGCAGUCGAAAUAAUGGAAACACUAUUCAAGCGUGGAAAAUUGCUAGCUGAGGUUUCUAUAAGUGAAGGUGUUGUUCGGCUUGAGGUCGUUCCAGAGAAAAUAAACAACCAUGAUGUUGUUUCUAAAUUAGAAAGGUUAAACGUAUUACGGCAGGAGAUGGAGAGAAUGGAUGCGGUUGCUCAACUUCACCCUGCUCUUCUGCAAAGAUGCAUGAAAACUACCGCAUUGUUGCCUUAUUGUUUCCCAACGAACGAGGAUGAGGGUCUUGGAAUGAGUAGCAGUCCUUUGGAAUACUAG